UCACUUUCAGAUCUCUAUUUUUCAGUUACAGACUUUUGGCCCUGUUUUGGCGUGGUGGGCGUGGCUACACACAGAGGGGCGGGGAAUCAUGAGUGACAGCAGACCGCUGCAGGCUCAAGAUGGUCCAUUUUUCAUGUUGCCUUCAGGAAACCUGGGAAUGAACAUAAUUUAUCAAACACCUCCUGCACUGUAUUAUUUGAUAAUGUUUAGAAAACAUGUCAUGCAUAACUGCUAAAACUCAGUUACUAAAGCUCUUUCAAGCAGUAAUGUGUACAAAUUACGCCGUAACUGAUCAAUUAUGAGACGUUUUCCCAGCCACUAGAAGUGGUCAUUUCCCAUGCUCUCAAAGUAGCGCGCAUUGUAUCGGCUGGGGGCUGCUGUUAACUUGUCCCUCAGUGAACGAUGGCGUCGUCUUCCAACAACACUGCUGGCGCGAACAAUCAGGAGCAGCUAAAAAGAGAGAUGCUUCAGCGACUACUGCAUAAAGUUUCCCAGGUCAUGCACAGACAACCCCUCGAUGUGGACUAUUUGCAGUUUGUUAUCGACCAUGAGAUGGUCCUUUUAAGAUCUUUGUCCGAUCAGGUUGAGAUCCCUCAAAGUAUUUUAAACGCUCUGAUAGAGCUGUCAACUGUGCUCAGUAUGGAGGACGUCAAUGAACAAACCCCCUCUCAGGUGUCAGUGUCAGAAGGAAAGCUGGGACGUCCAAAUUACAAUGUAUCGCCUGUACAGCUCCAGAUACUGACAGAAAUGUUCUUAUCAAUCACCCAAAUUGCAAAACUUCUUGGAAUAUCUGUGAGGACAGUGAAACGUCGUUUGCAUGAAUAUGGCAUUUCCAUAAAGCAGUGCUACAGUACAACAAGUGAUGAAGAGCUGGACAAUUUAGUAAGCUCUAUAAAGACAAGAACACCUCAUGUUGGAUACAGGAUGAUGAAAGGGAUGCUUCAAGCCAUGGGCCACCAUGUACAGUGGAAGAGAGUGUACUCGUCGAUGCACCGUGUGGACUCUGCUGGUAUUUUCUCAAGAAUGACAAGGCUGGGAUUUGUGGUCCGAAGGACAUAUUCAGUGCAAGGUCCUCUUUACUUGAUGCAUAUAGACACAAACCAUAAACUAAUAAGAUUUGGCCUGGUGAUAUUCGGAGGGAUAGAUGGGUACUCAAGAAAGAUCAUGUACCUGGGUGCUGCUGCCAACAACAGAGCAUCAACUGCACUUGCUUUCUUCUUGAUGUUGAACAGAAUAGAGCGCUUGUGGCGAGAUGUGUGGAUGGCUGUUUCAAGCGUGCACUAUGAAACCCUUCACAACCUCGAGGAUGAAGGCCUUCUGGAUCCAACUGAUGGUGUCCACAUGUUUUGUGCCCAACAUACAUUUCUUCCACGUCUGCAGAGGGAUCUGGAUGUCUUUAGACAGGGUUGGGAUAACCACCCUCUAAGGACAGAGAGGAAUCUGUCCCCACAACAACUGUGGACACUGGGACUCCACCAGAAUCCAGUUGAUACUCCAGACACAGUGGAGGAAAUCGAGGAUGCGUACUUGGAUGUCAACUCUAUUGGUGAGCUGGAUGGGAGCAAUCCUGGAGUAAUUCUUCCAUCUGUUGAAUGUCCUCUAUCUGAGGAGGACAUGGCAAGACUAAGAGACACUGUCAAUGUAACAAGGCCCUCUCAGUCACAUGGCGAGACAUUUAUUUGGAUGUACUUAACUUUGUACUAACUCACCGUUCCUAGGCGGCAACAUUUUUAUUUUGAAUUUUCAACCCAGAGAAGGUUCAUGAAUAGCUCAGACUUUUAUUUGAUUUCAUUUACACAUACAAAUGAACCUGCCAGGAAAUGUUUAUGUGAACACUCAAACAUCACAUUACAAACUACUUUUUUUUGUCUCUGGCACAUUUUUCAACAGUGAACCUGUAUGUUUUGUGUGCUUCAUGCCACUCAUUAAAGAACUCUGGCUGUCAAUCUC